GGAAUUUUACGUAUACAUUUUAUGUCGAAGGAUCAGUCUUAAUUUUAGCUUUAUUCACAAGUACACAGUAAACAUUUUGUAUUAAAAGCGAUCGAUCGAAAUUUUGUGUUACUUUAACGAAGGUAAUGUGUGACAAAGUACACAAAUAUAAUGUCGAGUUAACACAUUCCCCGUGUUAAAGUAACACAACGUUUCUUUUAUCGUGUAGCACCUAUUCGCUAGCACACUUGCAAAAUUAUGCGCAAGACGAUUAGAUCGUACGAUACGAUCGUAUAAGUAAUUUUUUUCUUUACCGUUCAACAGACCGACAGAAAUGGAGAUUAUGGAGGAUGGGAAUUUGGUCGAUCGCGUAAGAAUUUUAUUACAGCGAGACAUGCAAUAUUACCAGGAAAUGCAGACCGUCCUGAGGGAGCCCCUGUGCAUACGCAUCAGCGGCGGCAAGCUCGAUUUCCCGCGGCAUGCCUCGUUCGCCGCGAUUAAGAUCGUUACGUGGUGGGAGGCGGAUUUUGCGACCGCUUUCAAGCGAUCCUCCGGUUUAAGCUGCGCCGAAAACGGGAGCGCGUCCAGCGUCGACAGCGAAGACGGCGCCAUCAAGCGCAUCCAACCGUCCGACUUUAUCCUGCUCGUUGUCGAUACCGCCGAACAGUUGCUAGAGCACUUACACAUGUUGAUUCAGGAAUCCUUGGAUCACGCCGAUCUCACGGUGCUCACUGCCACUUUAGGCGCGGCAGCGCUCGUACGAAACUGCCUGUGGUGCUACAAUCUGUAUGCGAAAGGGAAAAUCUCUUCUCAAUCGAGCGAAAAGAUCAACAAGUCUUACAAGGAGUUUCACGAAAUGGCCGAGGCUGUAGCGGAGAGGCUGCUCGAUCUGCACUGCCGAUUAAUAUCCUUGUACAUCCUUAAUGAGGCGGACUCGCUCAGCUGGCACAGCAAUAAGCCGUUCUUCGAGAGGGAACGGUGCUCCUACGUUAUACAAAUGUGGUGGCUGUACAUGCAAGGCACCAAGGCGGAUUUGUGGAACACGGUCUCGCCUAAGAUGGCACAGCGCGUGUUCUCAGGAAUGCUGAAUGAGUCGCUGUCUAUCAUAACGACGCGAUUCACCCACGGACGACCGACGCUGCCGCGGACCGAGCAAUUUUGGUCGGACGCCUUUAAUGUGCUCUGCUGUACGGGGUAUCUCGCUUUAGCCGCGUGCACCGACACCGGUGAGAUGAUGGGUCUACGUCCGAAUAACUUGUCGACGGCCGUACGAGACAUUCACGCAAAAUGUAACGAAUUGCUGAUCUGCCUGCUGCUCAGAGGCACCCCUCUCAAAGAACUGUAUCAGAUCUUCCGACACGGAUUAGAGAAUAUGGCGAUCCUGCGUCCUCGUCGCGGUCCAGCCCCUUGGCUGUCAAUAUGCGCUCCGAAUUUGUUAGGCUCGAUCGACGAUCCAACGGACAUUGUAACCUUACCCGAGGACAAAGCUGUCAUUCUUGAAUUGAACGUUAUGAGGCAUCAGCCUCAGCCUAACUGGCCUCAAUUAAUGAAGGUGAUAUCGAUGAGCGAUUACGUCGUAGCGAAGAUGCUGCUGACAACUCUGAUGCGUCAAAACGUGGGUCUCACGUGCGUGGACGUGGAUAACGAGGCGACCGAUAAACCGAAGGAGGAUCGAAUGAGCUGCGGCGGUUUCCUGUGCAGCGGAUCGGCGUGCGACAAAUCACUGAAAAUAACAUCCACUUUGGCACUGUACAGUUUGUUUCACAUACUGGUGAUGACGGUUAACGAGCCAGAGCGCGUAAUUAUACCGGUGUUGAAGCAAGAUCCGAACUGGUCCAAUUAUCUGGACAGACAACAGGUCUGGAAUCAGUCGAGGCCACCGUGGCUCAAUGCGUUGGUAAAGCCGCUGAAGAUCAUGAUGCAGCCGGUGGUCGAGAUGCUCUUGGAAGCCGCGAAAACAGGUGCCAGUAUAUAUCAAGCGAUGUCCCUGGCGAUCGGUUGCUUCGCCGAGCUGUACGUGACGGCGUCGAGUCCCGUUUUGCGCGCCGCGUUCGCGCUGAACGACAAGAUCCCGGCGCACUGUCGGCCGAUCGGCGGCAAUGUGCUGCUUCAGGUUUUGUGUGCUGCCCUGUAUUCCACCCUCUUGGACGUGUCCUCGAGGUGCAGAAACGAGUCCCAGGGUACACCGAGUUCCGCGGACACGAGCUGCUGCGAGCUCAGUCCAUUCAAUCCGUACGACAAAUCGACCGCCGCCACGACGCUCGCCGAGGCGAUUUGCAGUAUCGACGAGGAUAACAAGCAUACGGCGCAGAUAGACUCCUUCCUGCUCCUCGUGAAGGAGAGCCUCGAGAGAGAAAGUGAAAAUCCGAGGAACAGCGAGUUACAGAACAUGACUUGCGUCAUCGAGACUUACACGGACGAGUUGCUGUUCACGAAUACCGGGCGACGUUCUUUGAAAAUCAUAUACGAAUAUUUAAUCCGGGCGUCCGACUGGGUAUUAAAUAACUUGCGUUGCGACGAAAAAAACCGACAGGCGGAUCUGAUCGGUCUGCCGGAAGUUUCGCCCGUCGUGAAACCUCUCACGCACAUAAUGUUCCACAUCGAGGACACGUGUUUCGAUCAGUUUAUGGCUAAUUACGAGGCGACGAACUGGUCGAGGGUGCUGACGAUGCCGCUGUCGAUUACUCUGGAGCGUGUACGCAGUCAGGUUCUUUUACGGCCGGAAUUCAAGAAUAUAGGCGAUCUGAGUCACGAGGACAAGGAAGUAGCGCAAUCCAUCAAGCGGAUCUGCUCGUUCGUCAGAUCGGCGCGUUUCAAAUGAAGAAAGGAACACAUCGGGAAAAUAAGUUUUUAGCAUUUGCAACUAGAAACGCGUAAAUAAAAGAAUUAUAGUCAGAAGAAGCAUUUUUUUAGCAAGAGUUGCUAUGGUAUCAGUGAUUAUUAUUACCAUUAUUAUUAUUAUCAUCAUCUUUAUUAAGUAUAUCAUAUUAUAUAUCCAAUGCAAGAAUUAAACCACACAACAAUAUAUAUUGAAAUGACGGGACGACAGCUAAUCACUGUUAUUAGGAUUGCGCAUGAGAAAAGGAAUUAGCCAUAUAAUACAAUUGAAAUUUACUUAUCAGACCUAGUUUUUACUCGUGGAAGCUAAGAGCUAAAUACAUGGACAAAAGAAUGAGCGAAAUUAAAUUAAAUUUCAGUUGUAUUAUACGACGGCUAAUUUUUACCUGUGAAAGCUAGUCUUUAGCUGUGGGAGCUUCUGCUUAUUUUCCGUAUAGCAUUGUUAAAUAUCGAUAAUGACAUGCCUGUUGCUACUACCAUUUUUAGAAUGAAAACCGUAAGAAGAUAUUUGGCCGAAAAUGACUGUAACCUCAGUAGGAUUUCUCUCAGUGUAUUUUCCGCCACGCAUAUAUAAUAAGAAUAAUAAUAUUUUCCCCCAUACAUUAUAUAGUCUAAUCGACGAGAUCAGAUACUCUGUAUCAUCGCCGAUCAAG